CCCAUUCUACCCCUCCAUCCGAUGUCUUCUCCACCAGCAGCCCCACAACGGAGAAAAAAACACGCACUUUAAACUGACGUAUUUUUUUUUAAAAAGGAGAAGAAAAAAAAAACAAAAGCACAUCGUCAAUGGACAGCAUCUCUCACUCACUCAAGCGGAGCUUCACAUCUACCUCCAAUGUUGCUGCCUUCGCUUCUGAUAAGCUCGUCUACGACGGCUUUUUCGCCGGCUACCGGAACUCGGGUCGACCCGCCCUCUCCCCGCGCCCCGAGGACUAUUCCGAUGUUUUCAGCGGUUUUCACGCAUCUCGAUCCUUCUCGAUCCCCGUCCUCGACCUCCCGGCCGCCGGAGACGACCCCGCGCUCCUCCAUUUCUGCGGCGGUCCUGACUAUGCCGAGAUUUUCGGGGAUUCUGGAGGCGAGCAUUUUGCGGCGACCUUUGAGGAUUUAAUCAGGCAGUCCGCCGGCGGAAAUGGCUCCUCCGUCGAGCCAGGGAGUCCCGCACAAAGUGGGUCAAUGUCUGAUGAGUUCGAUGGUCUGGCAGAAUCGGACAAGAGUCUCAGGCUAUCAGAUGAUGAUGGUCAUCAGUCACUGGAGAACUCCACUGAGCAGUUAAAUGCAUUUCAUAACAAGUCCAGUCCAAGUAAUACCGAAACAUUGUUAGUUGGGAAGAGUCAGGUAAAGAAUAUUACUGCUCUUCGUGGAUAUACCCUCAAUCAUUAUGAAAGCCCUGUUUCCUGGGAUGGGGAAGACGAGAGCUGCUCCGUAAGUGUGCUUGACGAUCUGGAUCACGACGCUUGCAAAGAGUACAGCAAAAGUGUUGUAGAUGAAAAACAAUACAGUACGUUUCCAGCAAAUUCUGUACACAGGGGCUCGAGUGCACCAAGAAGUGAUUUAAAUCUUUCAGAAAAACAUGGUAAUUCAGCUUCUAAACAUUUCUUGAGUGUAUCUGAUAUCAGUCUUCGAACAAAGCCUUCACGAUUGCCGCCGCCUUCGAGACCUCCACCUGCCUUAGUGUUGAAGAAAGGAGAAAGUGACAGAUUGAGGUCAAAACUCAAUGCUUCUAAAAAUGCAUCAUUUUCUUUUGAUGUGGAAGCAGAUGUGACGUUAUCUCCUGACGGCAGGGAGGAUGGAAAUAAGAAUUUUCAACCGAAGCAUGAAAGGGCUAAAGAAUCCUUGGAGAGGAAGGACCUUAUGAGCAACUGUGCAAUGACAGCUGAGGAGGAAACAAGCAAGGCCGCCAGGGCAAGAAGCAGCAUUAAGGAUGAGAAAUUGCUCAAAUCACUUGGAAAAGAAACAAAAGUCUCGAUACCUUUCAUUGAAGAAAAGAUGUCUGCAACAAGGGGUACUGAAGAUAUUUCAGGAUCGUACAGCAACUCUAGCAUCGACAGUUGUGCUGAGGGUGUUGCGUGGAGGGAAGAAACCGAAUAUUUUGAGGUCAUUCAAAAGAAAGUUAAAGUUUCCAAGAAAGAUCAAGGAUUGGAGGAAGAAAGGGCACUGCUUGAAAUGACCAGCAAGCAACAGAAAAUAUUGAAGACAAGGUUGCAUGAUCCAAAUGGGUUUCGAGAGGAAGUGGAACCGAACAAAAUGGCACAUCAAUGUGAUUCACAUAAGGCUGUGCCAGAAAGUAUCCAGCAAUUUGGAGAUAGUGAAAGGCUACAGAAAGACCUCACUGUGACUGUAGAGGUGCUCCAAGAAGCAGAGGGAAAUUUGAGUGAAGUGGUUGUCGAUGCAAAAGUCAAGGUAUCUCCUAAAGGAAUGGAUACUGAGGAAGUGUUUAUUGUAGAUGCUACAUUGAUAAAACAGAAUACUGUGUGCCAGGGAGGACUUGAUGAUGUUGAACGAGCAGAAACCAAAGAAAGAGUGAAGUUGAGAAAAGAACCUGAAGGAACUAAGAUAGCUUCUCAAGAAGGAUAUGAAAAUGAAACCAGAAAGACCCAUGGGCCUAAUGGAAAUGAAACGAUCACUAAAGAGGCUAAAAAUUAUGAAGAGCAUGACAAAAAGAUAUAUAGAGUGGCUGGGCCUGGAAAUUUUGAAAAUCAACACCUUACUUGUGAAGAUGAGAAAGAUGAACUGAAAUAUAGAAAUGUUUUUCAGCAAGUUAUAGAUGAGAAAGAAGAGAAAAUGGGUCUUAAAAUUAAGAUAACAGAAGAGAGAUCUGGAGAUGCUUCUAGAGGACGUAUAGUUGAGAUUCUUCAAACAAAAGGACAUACGAACUUGAAUAGUGAUGGUGCACUGGAAGAACUGAGUGGACAUACUGAAGAGAUUGAGGACGCUGAGAGGAAUGAACAUGAAAGAGAAGUUGAAUGGGACAUGGAUAAUCAUGUCAUCUUUGAAGAGAAUCAGUUGAAAGCAUUUGAUUGUGGACGUGAACUUGAUGGAGCUGUUGCAAUCACUGGUUCAGGUAAGCAUGAUGAUGAAGAAAUUGUACAGUUGAAGGCUGAACCUAAUAAGAGCAUAUAUGAAGCUGUGUCUAGAGUCGAAAGCACAUCCGUUAAAGGAAAAUCCAAGGGAUUUGGCAAAAGUAAAAAUGAGUCUGAUGGUGGAAGUAUUGAUAGUGCAACAAUCAACACUUUAGAGUCCUCUUUAUUACCUAAGCAGAUGGCAGAUUUAAAUAUUUAUGCCCGUGGGAUGGGAAUUCCAUGUGUUAUGGGUGACAACGUGUCCUCUGAUUUUGCAUAUGGUCUUGAACGUAAGAAGGUAGUUUACACUGAAGAUGAUGGAACUCAAUUUAUGAACAAAGGGGCAGAUAUCAGUGAUACUUUCACUCCAUAUCAAGUCAUGAGAGAAUCAACUACAAAUGGAAGGAAUGUGGAAGAUGCUUCAUCAGUGCUAAAGCAUAAUGGUGACACUUCAUUUUCGAUAAAAAAUUCUACCCAUAGAAUUGAAAGAAAAGGCUAUAUCAUGAAAGAGAAACUUGACAUGAAAGACCAAAAAACAGGGGAAAGAAUAAGAAGAGAUAUUGAGCUUGAAAAUGAACAUAUCAAAAGACUAGAAGAAGAGAAGGAAAGGGAAAGGGAAAGGGCCAAGGACAGAAUGGCUGUUGGCAAAGCAGAUCUUGAAUCUCGUGACAAAUCAUAUGCUGAAGUUCAUGAAAGAGCAGAGAAAGCUACUGUGGACAGGGCUACUGCUGAAGUAAGGCAAAGAGCCAUGGCAGGGGCUCGGCAGAGACUAGAGAAGGCAUCAACAGAGACUAAGCUCAGGGAUGAGCGAGCUGCAGUAGAGAGAGCGACUGCAGAGGCUCGUCAGAGGGCGGCCGAAAAAUCAAUGGCUCAGAAGUUUGCGGCUGAGGGCCAUGUUCGUGUAGAAAGACCUGUCUCCGAUAGGUUUCAAACUUCUUUUCGAUCUGCUGAUAUGAGGCAAAAUUCUUUGGCAUCUGACAUCCGCUCAGAAAGCACUGGAAUCUCAAACAGCUUGCGAUAUUCAUAUUCUUUCCCCCAUGUUGGGACUGAUGGUGAAUCACCUCAGAGGUGUAAAGCUCGGUUAGAGAGAUACAGGAGAACAGCUGAGCGUGCAGCAAAUGCCCUGGCUGAGAAGAACAGGCGAGAUCUUCUUGCACAAAGAGAAAGGGAAGAAAUGAAUAGAGUUGCAGAAACUCUGGAUAUUGAAGUCAAGAGAUGGGCAAAUGGAAAAGAAGGCAAUCUUCGUGCACUACUUUCAACUUUGCAAUACAUUCUUGGGCCUGAUAGUGGUUGGCAGCCAGUUCCAUUAACGGAAGUUAUAACUUCUGCGGCUGUGAAAAAGGCUUACAGGAAAGCCACUCUUUGUGUACACCCAGACAAAUUACAACAACGUGGAGCAACAAUUCAGCAGAAGUACAUAUGCGAGAAGGUCUUUGAUCUUCUAAAGGUUCGUAACUAGUAUAUUUAAUAUUUCACAUUCAACUAUGCCUGGCACUAAUGAUGUUUGAUCCAUCACUAAAUUUUUCUGUCGGGGUAAACUUUCUAAGCUUUGUCUGUGGAGCCAUUUGUUUAACAAAGUUGGCUUCUUUCUGGAAAAAUAAAAAAUCUGAGCUAAGAAUCCUACAUUUUCAUUUAAAUCACUGUUAGAAUUUCACUGCGGAUAAAACUUCAGACUUGAGACUUACUUGUACGUUAGGAUCCAUGGUUGCUCCAACAUUUAAUUAUGGCAGAACUCGAUAUAUGAAAAGAGAAGGAAUUCAGAAUCUUAUUACACAAGAUGGUGUAGUAAAUGCAGUUCAUCUUCAAAUUUUCUGAAUUUCCUAAAAGCAUAAAGAGUUUGAGUUAGUGAAGAUCCAACACUCUCCAAAUCAACCCCAUGUCCUCACAAGUGACGCCAUGAUUAUUUGAAACUUGAUAUUCUAGAGCUGGUUUAUAGAGGUGAAUAUGAAAUGAAUAAUGUUUUUCUGUAAGUUUCCUCUUACCAUGGCAAGUUCAUUUGAGUUGCCGAGUAGCUUGUACGAAAAUCAUUUUCCACCAUUAUAACAAAUCUUGACUCAAUGAAAUGAGCCAAUUGAUAUUCUUGAAUUAAGUGGUUCAAAGAAUGAUGUCAUUCAAUUAAGUGGUUAAAAAAAGCCUGUCCCUCGCAUAUUGCACAUGUCUGGAAUUACGAGAUGCAAUUUCAGUCCCAUUCAGGUUCUAUACCUAAACUUGAGUUUUUACAUGUCUGACUCAUACCAACUGCAACCAGUUUCUUAAGGUCCUUAUGAACAAACAGUGAGCAUCCUUCAUCCUCUAAGUUUAUCGUCAACUGUUUCGUGAAAUGUUUGGUACGUCGAACGAUAUUAGUUCCCAGCAAGUUCUGGCUUUUCAUUUUUCUAAUAGUCAACGAACAACUGGGUCCAAAUAAAAUUAUGUUUAGACUUCAGAUAUACACGAAACCAUGUGGCAUGAUGUGAAAUGUUUUACUGUCUUUAGUGCAUCAUCUAAUUCUUUUUUAGGAAGCUUGGAACAAGUUCAACUCAGAGGAGCGAUGAAUCAAGGCGUUUUGUCUGCUCAAUGACAGUGUGCUGGCAGUUCGACUUCCAGCAAGUAAAUGGCUUCUUUUUGGUCUUAUUAUACUGUUUACUGAACUCUAGUAAUGCUUCACAAAACUUGCACAAAGUACAUUUGUCCAUAUGUUCAAUGUAGAAAAAGAUGGUACCAAAUUUAGUAGUCCUCGAGAUGAUAGUUUCCCGACGUGAUAUUGGAUGUGGAGUACUACAAUCACUCCUUGGUUGUAACAUUCAAUGAAAUAUAAAGCUGAAUAGCCUUAUUUAUUUGAUUUUUUUCUCA